AGACAUCUGCUCGUGGAUGUUAAAACCCCGAGCACCUUUGGCAGGGACACUGAACUCUGAAAUCUGCAGCACCUGUAAGAGAGGAGCACUCUUUGGGAAAGAGCUGUCCAAGGAAAAGCAGCAGCUUCAACUUCUGUCCCAUUGGAGACAAGUGAAUCUGAAGUUAUAUAUUAUAUAAGACGUAGGUGAUGACAGCAGUUUAUCAUUAACCUGAACUCUGCAAGAAGUACAUAAGGAGAGAAAGAAGAAAAAAGCCAGAGAAGCAGCGAGGAUGGAAUCCAUCAUAAGGAUCAACAAUGCUGCAGACAUCUCUGUUAUUGUCCUCUACUUUUUGAUUGUUCUGGCGGUGGGACUAUGGGCUAUGUUCUCCACCAACCGAGGCACAGUGGGUGGGUUUUUCCUGGCUGGACGGAGCAUGGUUUGGUGGCCGAUUGGUGCUUCUCUGUUUGCCAGCAACAUUGGCAGUGGGCACUUUGUGGGAAUAGCAGGAACAGCAGCAGCUGGAGGAAUUGCCAUCGGAGGAUUUGAGUGGAAUGCUCUGAUAUUUGUGGUGAUUCUAGGAUGGAUCUUUGUACCCAUCUACAUCAAAGCUGGGGUGGUGACAAUGCCAGAGUACCUGAAGAAGCGUUUUGGUGGGAAACGGAUCCAGGUGUACCUGUCAGUGCUUUCCCUGAUGCUGUAUAUUUUCACAAAGAUCUCAGCUGACAUAUUCUCUGGAGCUGUAUUUAUCCAGCUGGCCAUAGGACUGAAUCUUUAUGUGGCUAUAAUUAUCCUGCUCUCUAUUACUGCUCUUUACACCAUCACAGGUGGCCUUGCAGCUGUGAUUUACACAGACACCUUACAAACGUUCAUCAUGGUAGUGGGAUCCUUUAUUCUCAUGGGAUUUGCAUUUACUGAAGUAGGAGGGUAUGAGGCUUUCAUGCAGAAGUACAUGGAAGCGAUUCCAUCCAACACCUCCUAUGGGAACACUGUGGUGGAUCCCGAGUGUUACACUCCCCGCAAGGACGCCUUUCACAUCUUCCGAGAUCCUGUCACCGGGGACCUGCCGUGGCCAGGGGUCGUCUUUGGCCUGAGCAUCAGUGCCAUGUGGUACUGGUGCACAGAUCAGGUUAUUGUCCAAAGAUGUCUCUCUGGCAAGAACAUGUCCCAUGUGAAGGCUGGCUGUAUCAUGUGUGGGUACCUCAAACUCUUGCCCAUGUUUAUCAUAGUGAUGCCUGGAAUGAUCAGCCGGAUUUUGUACACAGAUGUGGUGGCUUGUGUUGUGCCUGAAGUCUGUCAGCGCUACUGUGGCACCUCAGUGGGCUGCACAAACAUUGCUUACCCAAAAAUGGUUGUGGAGCUUAUGCCAAAUGGUCUGCGGGGUCUGAUGCUGUCAGUCAUGCUGGCCUCCCUUAUGAGCUCCCUGACAUCCAUUUUUAACAGUGCCAGUACUUUGUUCACGAUGGACAUUUACACCAAAAUUCGGACCCGGCCAUCUGAGAAGGAGCUGAUGCUGGCUGGCAGGGCAUUUAUGUUACUCUUAAUUGGCAUCAGCAUUGCCUGGGUUCCUGUGGUGCAGUCAGCUCAGAAUGGGCAGCUCUUUGAUUACAUUCAGUCUGUUACCAGCUACCUGGGACCUCCCAUUGCUGCUGUUUUCCUGCUUGCUAUCUUCUGCAAGCGUGUCAAUGAGCAGGGUGCCUUCUGGGGCCUAAUUGUUGGGCUGCUGGCUGGACUCAGCAGGAUGAUCUCAGAGUUUGCCUACGGAACCGGCAGUUGUGUGGCCCCUUCCAACUGCCCCUUCAUCAUCUGCGGCAUUCACUACCUUUACUUUGCAAUAAUCCUCUUUGGGGUUACUGCCAUCGUUAUCCUGGCAGUCUCCUUCAUGACCAAGCCCAUUCCUGAUGUACAUCUUUACCGCUUGUGCUGGUCCUUGCGGCACAGCAAAGAAGAACGGAUUGAUCUUGAUGCAGAUGAGGAGCAGGACAGAGCUGAUGAAAAAGAUGAUGAAUCAGUUAAUGAGGAAAACCAGGAGGACCCAGGAUGCUGUAGGAAAGCUUACAACUGGUUCUGUGGCUUGGACCAACAGAAGGGCCCCAAACUGAGCAAGGAGGAAGAAGAGGCAUUGAAGAAGAAACUGACGGACACCAGUGAAGUGCCACUGUGGAGAAACAUUGUGAAUAUCAACGGCAUCAUCCUCUUGACUGUGGCUGUGUUUUGCCAUGCCUACUUUGCAUAACCCCCUGAUCACAGUCCUGACACUGUACUGCAUUGUUCAACCAAAAAUGAUGGCUUGUAGAUUUACACAAUUAGGUACACGCUGUAUUUUCAUCAUCUACAUUUGUAAAACAUCAGAGUGAUUUACUCACUGAUUUUGUGAUUAUAAUUUCAACAAUUUAAAGAUGAAGGCCACUGGGAUUUCAAGAGAGAGAAUUUCUAUUUAGACAUUGAACCAAUCCAGGACUAACUGAGGUUGGGAAUUUCCAUCCAAUAUUCUCUCUGCUCAUGAUACAUUUCAAUAUUUUAGGUUCAGAACAAGGCUGCGUGAGCCAUAUUUCAUACUAUCUUUUAGGGUUGAUGAUGAUAUUUUGAUUUUCAACCCUUCCUCUGAUCAUUCCAUUUUCCUUUUUCUUUGGCUAUGAUAAUUUGAUUGCAAAAAACCCACAACCACUGAGGGACUGUAUUACAAACUCAAAUUAAAACAUUGCUUUUGUCCCUCCAAAUAUGGGAUAUCUUAAGUAAAGGAUUUAUAUAUAUAUCAAUGUAUUUGAUAUUAUAUAUAAAUUUCCAUUUUCAAUUUCCCCCACCUUUUUCUCACUUUCCAUUGGGUCGUGUUUCUCAGUUGUCAGUGGAACACUAACCCCUGAACUGAUCCCUUUUUGAAACUGGGGAACACCUGUCUUGAUGAUCCUAAAAAGAAUUUUGCUUACAGUAGAUUAUCUGUUUAAGGUUAACUUCCAAAGGUCCUCCUCUCUUGCUAUUUUAAUAUAUACCUAUACUUGAAUGUGAAGCUUUUUAUACAAAGUACAUAUAUUAUAUAUACACAGGCAAUACAUUAUGUAUAUGCACUAUAUAUAUUAUAUAUAUUUAAAAUACAUAUUUAUGUGUGUGUAUAUAUAUUUAUUUCUUACUGCUCAAUUCCCACCCUGGUGUGCCAAGGACCUCUUUACUGUGGGCUUGGAGUCACUGUACUGGCUCUGUCUAAGGACUGUGCUACAAACCAGCCCAUGGUGAAACAUCCACAGCACUGGAAUCCUGGGCUGCACUUUGCAAAUACAUCCAAGGGCUCUGUUCCACUUUUCUGCAAAGCUAUAAAUCCUUCCUCUGAAGAUUUCAUUGAGAAAUAGGAUUCCUGCUGCAUGGCAGCAUGAGCUAGCAGUUCAGGAAGGAGAAUAGCCACAGCUGUGGGAUAUCAGCUAAACCAGGAUGAUUGUCUCCACUCGAUAGGUUUGGUACCAGCUGGGGACACAGGAAAAGACAGAUUUAUCUCUUCAAAGCAAAAAGCAAUAGAUCUUUUCAUCCCAUUCAGCCUCCUGGGGAACCAAGUGUAGAAAGAAGAUGCUGGUUGCUCAGUCAGGCAGUGCCACAAUUCCCUGUUCCUUUUGCACAUGUUGGUGGGACUGUGCUGUCCCAGAGCAUUCCCGAGCUUCUGCCACAGGAUGCUCCGGGCUGGCAGCAAAGUGCAGCUGAAGGGAAAGGCAGAGCAACCCCUGCACGUGCCACAGCACACUGCUCUGCCUCCUGGGCUUUCAUCACUCCCACUUCUUCAUCUCUUGGCAGGAUCUUUGCUUCGUUUGGAUCUAACCCCAAAUGCUCUGGAUUCCAGCAGAAUUGCUGCUCUUCAGUAGAAUUGAUGCUAUUCAGCAUAAUCCCUGCAGGGUCCUUUGCACAGGCCAGAUCAAAUCAAUACUUCAGAAAUACCAGUGCAAAGCUUUUUUUCUUUACACUUAACACAGUGAUAGAGUGUUUUAAAGACCAUGGAAUUAAUUGUAUUUAAGGAACUAUGAAGACUUGUAUGUAUUAAAGUAAUUGUAUAUUUUGAAGUGUUUGGUGUCCACAAAGUGAUGGGAUUUUUAUAUAAUAUGGUGGAAGACAGAGAAACUUCAUUUGGUAUCUAGGUUUUGGCUCUGGGUAACAGUAAAGACAAGGAAGACAUCACUGAAGAUUGCCCCUUUGUCAUUCUUUGCUACAGAAAUAUGGUGAAUUUUUAUUUGGAUAAAGACAAAUAACACAAGUGAUUUCCUGGCAGUCUGAGCAGCCUUUGGAUGACCUCUUGGUUAAUCAGCCAUCAUUGCAUGAUUCUGCUCCUCAGAACUACAGAAUUUUGAAAAUCUAACCCACAGUUUCCCAGGGAUAUUCACUGUAUGUCCUCAGCAACCUGAUUUCAUCCUGGUCUGAAGGAGGAUAUUGUGGAGGGAAGAGCUCAAAUGUUCACAUAAAGUUUGACAGCUACUGUUGACUCCUGUAAUUUUGUAGAAUUUCAAAGAAAAAUUGUCUUAUACUGUGAACAGUUGAUAAAAGUGUAAUGUUUAGCUAACAUUAAAUGCCAGCUCAGAUUGGUAGCUAUUGCAUUCACAAUUUUAAAGAAGAAAAUGACUUGUCUUCAGUUUUCAGGGGAGCUCUGUCCAUGAGCUGUUGUUUGGGGACACUCAGACAAAAGCAGUAGCUUACAUUGUUCUGGGCAUUGUCAUGCUUUAGAGAUGUGAGCACACCCUUUCCCCCAGUGAUUGACUAUACAUUUGAAAUACUUCUGGUCAGUGGUGACACUCCAAAUAAAUCUCUGGCUCACAGCAAAUGUACAGCACAACACAGCUCUGUUUCAGGGGAUCUUGAGACAUCCCAGCUUACCCUGUCAGGUAAAAUACAUAGUUAAAGCUUAUUUUGGUGGACUUUGGUUAGAUAUACAGAUAAAAUAAAAUAAUAUAAAAUAAAAUAAAAUAAAA